AUAAAUCUGUCAAAACGUCAUCCACCGUUCUCCUUAACGCAUUUCAAUUUUCUGUUUCAAAAAACGCCCGAUUUUUUUUGAUGUGGUUUAAACUUUCAUACCAAAUGCGCUGAAAUUGCUAAUCAGUAUCCGAUAGUAAAGUUACGAGUAUGUUUUUAUGACAAGUCUCGUCGUUCAGGAGACGAUAAUAUGUCGAAGGCUGUAAUUAUACCGGAGUGUAAUAAGGAUAUAGGGGGCAUGAAAGAGGAGAUAUCAUUGUCUCCGACUGAAAAACGAGAUGGGGCAAUUGGUGGUCUGUUUAGCAGGCUGCUGCGGCUGGAUACAUUGAGUAAGAAGAGUAGUUCGCCCGAGAGUCCGACCUCCGUGGAACCCCCUACCACCUACUAUGGAGUUUAUAUACCUAGUGAAAUCAAAAAGGGACCAGAUGAAGAAGCGUUACAUGUUUACAAGAAUAAGUCUGAAGCUCUCGAGCUGGUGCGAAGGUACAAGUCUGCGAGGUUCAAGGCGUUCAGGAACCGACAGGAUGCUGUGUCGUUUGCGCUGCGGGGUGCCGAACCCACUGACAAUACUGACGGGAAUGAUAGUUCGAUCAUGGGAGAGAAGCCUUACCCAUUCAAGGCACCCUCGCCUCAAGAUAUGGUGGCGCUCAGGAAGGCGAUAGAAGCUGGUCUAGCUACCACCGUGAGAGAUAGAGUGUGGGACAACCCGAGGUUCCUAGUCAGCAGUGGGAAUACGCCCGCCAUUAUGCAGGAAGGAUCUCGUUACAACGCAUUGCAUAUAGCGGCUAAGGCAAUGAACGCGGAGAUCUGCAACUUAAUACUGACGACGGUCGGUAACCCUACGUUUGUGCAGACCUUGUACGGCAUGGAUGCUGACCCUGACUCUUGUAAGGAGUUUGCAGGUAUCCUGGUGGAUCGCUACCUGAACACUCCGGAUAAGGCUAUCAACGAGACCCCCCUGCACUUCGCGGCCAAAUUUGGCGCGGAACAAGUUGUGGACGUGCUCACUUCUUUCCCGCAGUGCAACCGGACUGCUGUCAAUAAAUACGGGGAACAGCCUAAGGAUAUAAUCUGCAAACGGGCGUCGAACUGUGAAGCAGGCGUGGCGAGUCGCAUAGCGUGUAUGUUGCAGGAACGUUACUAUGUACCUGUACUACAUACUGAAGAUGGAAGCGGCGUGCCCACUAUAGGGAAGGCCUUUACACCGGCCGUACCACCCGACAUAAACCGUGAUCCGUUAAGUCCUCGCUACGAGAUCCGUGCCUACGCGGGUCCUAUGGAAGCUCGGGCUGCGGAACUAUUCCGUCGUCGAUGGAAGACCCCGCCCCGAGCACCUGCGCCCGCCGCGCCCCCGCCCCGCCUACUACCCGACCAUAGCCCCGCGCCCCCACCCAGCCCUAGCGCCAAAACACAAAAUUUUAGACUUAAAGAGAUCACUAAGGGAUUAGAAACUGUUGGAAGGAGUUUAGCGGAACAAAUGAAAGUUGGCUGGAAGGAAUAUUGGCCGUUUUUAGACACGUUCACUGACCUUAGAACACCCGAAGGACUGACAUUACUCGAGAAUUAUCUAAAGAGUAAAUACGACAGCGCGUGUUCAUACGCGUACAGCGAUAGUUGUGCCCAGUCUCACGUGCCUGAAGAACUCUCACUCUCCAGAAUCAGUCUCUCCAUAUCCCAACAAAGUCCUUCAAAAGAUUCAACGCUUAGCCCCAUGUCGGAGCUCUGCGUUGCAAUGAAAUCUUGUAAAAUAAAUAAUGAAAGACCAGCGCAUUGGAGGAAAACUGAUCCUUUGAGGCAGAGGCUAUGUAGACAACCUGGACCGAAGACUUUGAACGGAGAUGCCCCUGUAAUUAACCAUACAGUGAGUCAGUUACUCUGUAUAGAGCGGACUUGUCAAGUAUUCGCUAAGAGAAUAGCUGACGCACUAACAUUUUCCUUGAAUGCCGAGCCUGAGACAGCCGGCGACGCUCUCAAAUCCGAGUCCAAACACCUCCAACACACAAUCUUCACUUACAUGGACGACGAAAGAUUUCAAAAGAUAGACUUUGCCUUAAUACAUUCUAGACUAGCACAAUUAGUGGUAUACAAACUGAAGCAACAAACUAGUGACUUAGAUGACAUCAAUCAUUUAUUGGAGUUCCUUGUGAAACUCCGAUGUCCAAAUGACGAUAUAUUUAGUUCUGACGAUGAAAGGAAACCGAAUUAUAGAGGUCCCAGUAGAGUAAAACUGACUCACGUGAUAGACGGCCAUGUUAGAUGUUUAACUAGUUUUAUAUGCGAAGAAUUGACUGAAGCUGAAGUACUGAAGGCUCCUGCGAUGUCGGAGAUUGAAUGUACUGAGCUGUGGGAGAAAGCCUCGAAAUGCCGGUGCGAUUGGAAGAUUGAAGUUUUCGAACGAAACAGCAAGAAGAACGCAUCGUUUAGGAAAAAUAGAUCUAUACUGUCGACUAGUCCGAAGAGCGAGAGUUUUAUUAGAAGACUGACUUUUGAUCAUGAUAUUGGUGACGGCAAAUUGCAACACAACGAGGUAUCCCGAGUGGUGAGCGUGAACUCCCCGGCCGGCGACAGUGGCGCCCCCACGGCUCUCUACACGCUCGACACCAACAAGUGCCAGGUGCUACCGGCAGAGAUAUCGGACGAUGAAUCAGUAGCGUCGUGCAACUCUGAUGAUGAGGAGUUCCACACUGCGUCUGAACAUUCUGACAAGGAGGACGAUGAUAUGGCGGAAGCCAGCGAUGCCGCUAUAGCCGAGCUUUUCAUAUACGGCGAGGAGCCGACGAAGAUGGACCGGCUAGUGUACGAUGCGCUCCAGUCCACCUCCAUAUCCGUCGACCAGUACCCCAACGUAUAUCGCUGGAGACACCACGUUGCACUCUACCCGCCUGAACAGAGAGACAAAUGGUUGCCAGCUCCUUCAAUAGAAGACAGUAUGUGUGUAAGCAUGUCCCUGGGUGCGGCGAGCCCGGGCUUAGUGAGCAGCCCGGGGCUGGCGAGUUAUUCAGGAAUAACGAGCAGCCCAGCAUCUCGUCCAGGCCGGAGUGCCGCGCGGUGCUCCACGCCUUGUAGGGACCGAGAUUCUGCUAGAGCACCUCCACUGCAGGUAUCGACCUGGCUCCGUGUGACGGGCCCCAACUCCCCUCGGUCCGCGCUGGCAGUCAAGAACGCGAACCACAACGUCAGCUUCGGUUUCUGAUCCACACUCCCGCCAUCGCACUCACACAUGUGGCCUUUCAAAUUAUACAUGCUUACUUUACAUUAUAUUUGAGUCGAAAAAUUCUCAAUCUAAAAAUUGUAUAUACAAAUUCAGCGUUGCACACGCAACAUUCCUAAAUCGUUUAUUGGGCAGCAAAAAUAUGUAAAUUGUUUAAUUGUAAUUAAAAAUAGUUAACGUCUCUUUAAGAUCUAACGCAAUUUAGGUAUUAUUAACUGAUUUUUAAAUACAAAAACAUAAAAUUUGAAUCUACACGUGUUUAGUUAGUGACAUGCAUAAUUCUAGUAUCUUGAUAUGACGAUUUUAUACAUUGACAAAUAGAAAUUAGUUUAUUUAAUAAUUUAAUUAUAAUGAUUCGAUUGUUUGCAUGAUUAUUUCAAUGAUUAUUAUUAAUUGGAGAAUGUUUAUAUAUUUUGUUUUAUUUUUUCGUAUGGCGACGUACUAUACCAGACAGCGGCUGUUUUCAAUAACCUUAUCUGUGUGUUUGCUCAUUUCUGAUAAAAUUUUGGCACAUUUGUUAUGGAGUCUGUGUUAAAAUCCUAUCAGUAAGAAAAUCUGCAGAUCGGUUAUUGAAAAUGGCCACUGUUCAUAGUCCAUUUCACCGUUCAUUGGUAUGAUAUUAUGUUAUCUAAAUUUAAUGUGACUAACAUGUUUAUGAAGAUAGCGACUAUGCACCAAAGUGACAAAGUGCAUUGAACUAAAUAUAUAAAAAAGUUAACGAAUGACAUAGUUCAAAACUUUAUUUGGAUGUAUAACACAAAGCAAUCUUUCUGCAUGUUUUACAUCACAUUCGUAGGUUAAGACAAAGGUAACAUAACAUAGAGCUUGUUCAAAGCUUAUAUUUUUCAAGUCUUUCAUUGUCUGCUGUGCAGCAUAAGGCGACCAUACUGGAACGAAAUGCCAACGAAGAAUCCGUAACAUAAGUACUUAUGAUAUAGUUUCAGAAAACUCUUUGUUGUUGAUAUGUAUGUGCUUUCUAUUAUAAAUAGAAAGAUGUGUCAUAUUGAAAUGUUAUUUUCAAUCAAUGAAGAGUUCUGUUAAUGUAAUUAUAAUCUCACGAAUUUCGUUAUUUUAGAUAAAUUAGUUGUUAGGAGUUGAAACGCAACACAAACGAAAGUAUUUGAAAAGAAUUAGAUUUAUUGUUUGAGCGCGCAUUUGGCACAAAUCAGUUGUGAUUCACAUUAGGUAUUAAUGAUUCGUUACGCAAACAAGUAUUGUGUUGUAGACCAUUGUAAGACAUUGUUCUAGUUGCAUUUGUUUAUGUCCUGUGUUAUAUGACAAUAAAGUUGUUUCACUGCGUUGAUUAGCAUUUAAUGUAGUAAGGUCGCGAUGUCGGAACUCUGCGGAUGCCAAAAGCUGUGAGUUGUUGAUAUUACGUCUACGAAUGUUUGUACUUUUAUAUUAUUCAAAGAUAUGAGAUAUUGGUAAACAAAAAUGUAUGUUUUAUAUGAUAUUAUAAUGUUUUAAUUCACAUAGACGAUAGAUAAAUAAAUU